AUGAACCCCCCGGAGCUGGCCUCCAGCAAUAAUGCAGUUGGGCCAGAGGCUUCUAGAGAGAACCUAGACCCCCUGGUGGUAAGUGGGAUGCUCGGAAGGUCUGUCACUCUGCCCCUGCAGCUGUCGGGACAGCAGGUGGAGAGCAUCUCCUGGACGUCACGCUCAGUCCCCAAGGCGAUUGCCACAGUAAACAUGGUAGAAGCCAGGGGGCCAGACAAUUUUUACCAGGCAGAAACCCGGUCCUGGGGUCGCGUGAGUGUCGUGGACCCAGACUGCUCCCUGCAGAUCAGCAGCCUGAGCUGGGAGGAUGCAGGGUCCUACCGGGCCCACGUUAACCUAUGGAACUCCCUCACCACCCUCGCCUGGGAGUACCUUCUACAGGUCUAUGAGCAGCUGGCCCGGCCUCAUGUUGCACUGAGCUCCAGGGUUGGUGAGAAUGGACACUGCCUUGUCAUCCUGACAUGUGUGGCACAGAGCAGAGGAGGUGCCGUGACCUACAGCUGGACACCCCUGGGACCCCGGACGGUUGUGUCCCAUGGAGGGUCUGUCCUCAGUGUCUCCCAGAGGCCUGGGGACAGCACUCUGACCUUUACCUGCAUAGUCAAGAACCCAGUCAGUAACAGCAGCUCCCACCCGGUCUCAAUGCCGCAUUUCUGCACAGGAAUCGCCACUGGAACGGGUAUGGGAAUAAUUGGUAUGACUCUCACAGCCCACACUUAUCACCCAUUCUCAGUCGAGCUUGCCACCGAGCUCAACCAUAUCUCUGAUGCUUUAGAAAUCCUCCAAAAUCAGGAUGACUUCCUAACAGCAGUUGUUCUCCAAAACCAGCAUGGCUCAAAUCUGUUCAUAGCCGCUUAA